GGGAGCGGGCGGUCCCCUCCGCCCCGGGGCUGCUCCGCCCGCCCGCGCUCGGGCUGGGCCACAGCAGAGCUGGGAGAGCUGAGCCCCGGCUCGCACCUACCCUGGGCCGGAGCGCUGGCUCGGUCUCCUGCUGCACCAGCCGUGAUCCCCGGCCGCCCGCUCAGCAAUGAGGGUCCUGAGUGUGCGCUGUCGGGUGCUGCUGGCGUGCCUCGUCUUGGUCCUGCCAGCCUCGGCGACAAACUUUUUGUCAAAAGAACGUGCUUCACAAAUCCUGGUGAGGAAGCGCCGUGCAAAUGCCUUGCUUGAAGAAACUAAAAAGGGCAAUCUGGAAAGAGAAUGCAUUGAAGAACUCUGCAAUAAAGAGGAAGCCAGGGAGGUCUUUGAAAACAAUCCAGAAACGGAUUAUUUUUAUCCAAGAUAUUUGGGUUGUCUGGGCACAUUCCGAGUUGGCGCGUUCAGUACUGCGCGGCUGUCAGUGAAUGCCGCCUACCCUGACCUCAGGAGCUGUGUCAAUGCCAUUCCAGACCAAUGUGACCCUAUGCCGUGUAAUGAAGAUGGGUAUCUGAGCUGCAAAGAUGGCCAAGCAGCUUUCACUUGCAUCUGUAAACCAGGAUGGCAAGGAGACAGGUGUCAGUUUGAUGUGAAUGAAUGCAAAGAUCCCUUCAAUGUAAAUGGAGGUUGCAGCCAGAUAUGCGACAACACUCCCGGAAGUUACCACUGCUCCUGCCGAAGUGGCUUUGCUAUACUUUCAAAUAAAAAAGACUGCAAAGAUAUGGAUGAGUGCUCUCUGAAGCCGAGUAUUUGUGGCACAGCUGUGUGCAAGAACAUUCCAGGAGACUUUGAAUGUGAAUGUCCUGAUGGCUACAGAUAUAAUCCUUCAUCAAAGUCUUGUAAAGAUGUGGAUGAAUGCUCUGAGAACGUGUGUGCUCAACUGUGCGUCAAUUACCCUGGAGGCUACUCGUGUUACUGCGAUGGGAAGAAAGGAUUCAAACUUGCCCAAGACCAGAAGAGUUGUGAGGGUAUUCCAGUGUGCCUUUCCUUGAACCUCGACAAAAAUUAUGAAUUAUUAUACUUGGCCGAGCAGUUUGCAGGCGUUGUCUUGUAUCUGAAGUUUCGUUUGCCAGAAGUCACCAGAUUUUCAGCUGAAUUUGAUUUUCGGACAUAUGAUUCAGAAGGCAUCAUAUUGUAUGCAGAAUCUCUUGAUCACUCAAAUUGGCUCCUGAUUGCACUUCGUGAUGGGAAGAUUGAAGUCCAGUUUAAGAAUGAGUUUUCAACCCAAAUCACAACUGGAGGCAAUGCUAUUAACAAUGGUAUAUGGAAUAUGGUGUCUGUGGAAGAAUUAGAUGACAGUGUCAGCAUUAAAAUAGCUAAAGAAGCCGUGAUGAAUAUAAAUAAACUUGGGAGCCUUUUUAAACCUACAGAUGGAUUUCUGGAUACCAAAAUAUACUUUGCAGGAUUACCUCGGAAAGUGGAAAGUGCACUCAUUAAACCGAUUAAUCCUCGUCUGGAUGGGUGUAUACGAGGCUGGAAUUUGAUGAAACAAGGAGCUUUAGGUGCAAAGGAAAUUAUUCAAGGAAAACAAAAUAAGCAUUGCUUCCUCACAGUAGAGAAGGGCUCUUACUACCCUGGUUCUGGAAUUGCUCAGUUCAGCGUAGAUUACAUAGAUAAUGUAACCAAUGCAGAGGGAUGGCAAAUGAAUGUGACCUUGAAUAUUCGUCCAUCCACCGGCACUGGAGUUAUGUUUGCCUUGGUUUCUGGAGACACGGUCCCCUUUGCCUUGUCCUUGGUGGGCUCCAGCUCAGAAAAUUCUCAGGAUAUAAUGGUAUUUGUUGAAAAUUCAGUGGUGGCUCGAAUAGAUGCCGUAACUCUGUGCUCUGACCAGCAAUCCCAACUGAAAUGUAAUGUUAACAGAAAUGGCCUGGAACUGUGGACCCCACUUAGGAAAGAUGUCAUCUACUCUGAAGAUCUCCAAGGGCAACUUGCUGUCUUGGACAAAGCAAUGAAAGGAACCGUGGCCACUUACCUAGGUGGCCUUCCAGGAUCCUCUGAACUCAGCCCAGGGCUUGGCCGUGGAUCUCUGCAUCUGUUUGCAUCAGUCACUGGAUGAAGGCUCUCUGAUGACUAUUGGGAUUGGCAAACAUUCGCCAGUGGUGCUAAGUGACUUGAUAUAUAUGAAUCAUAACUUUGUGACUGAAGAAUAUGCUGUCUGCAAACAGAGUGGGGCAUUGGAGGUGAUAUUUUAUAGUGACAUUAAGCACAUGCAUUCACAGAACAGCUCCUAUUCAGAGAGAAGCAACUCUAUUUCAAGUUUUCUUCCAUCCUACUUGAAGGAUUCAGCAUUUUUCACAAGUGGUACAUAAUGUGCUCUAAAUAAGAAUUCAUUCUUUCUGAACAGUUAUCAUUUAUUGCGUGUAAUUGUUCUCUAUCAUGCAGCAACAAUUCCAUCCUGUCUGUAAAGCAGUCUAGCAAUAGAGGAAACCAGAAAACCUUCAUGUUUUUUUUUUCUUUUUUUUUUGAGACAGGGUUUCUCUGUGUAGCUUUGCGCCUUUCCUGGGACUCACUUGGUAGUCCAGGCUGGCCUCGAACUCACAGAGAUCCGCCUGGCUCUGCCUCCCGAGUGCUGGGAUUAAAGGCGUGCGCCACCACCGCCCGGCCAACCUUCAUGUUUUUAGGUUGAUGUUUCCUUACUCAGUUGAAUGAAAAGUUAAGCGGGUUUAAUGGACAGUUGCAUGUCACAUAAUUUGUGUGCUACCAGACAGAUUGAUCAGAAAGUACCGGUUCUUCCACAGUUAGCACUCCAACUCCUCUAACCCAGUUGAGGGCAGUUUCUUGCUCUAUAAAUGGAGGUGAAGAAUAUAUGCUCCCUGAGAUACUAAUAGUGAUGACUGAAACAAAUACAACCAUCACCAGAGAGAUCAUGAUUCAAAAACACCACCUGAAUUUGGGCUUUUACUUAAGAGGUUUCACUUGUAAAAUCUUUUUUUUUUUUUUUCAGAGCAAAAGUAGUGGUUAUGUUUCCAGUUAAGAGAUUACGAUGGUAUGCACCCACUUGUGAUCACUCAGUCUACUGAAAAAUGAUUCACCUAUGAAUCGUUUUGAAGCACAUUGUUAUUUUUGUGCUUUACUAACCUGAAACUUGUUAAUGACAUAAAAAUUCUGCCGAGCUAAGUGCUCAGUUACCAAACAACCUAGAAUGCCUUAGGUAUUUCAGAAAAAAGAAGUGUGUUUUGCAUUUUUACAUGGUUGUCUUUUAUUGAUAAUAUUAUAAGACACAUUAAACAAAGGUGGAUUAUUCAUGAAAUCCAACUUCUCCACACAAAAGCAAGUCAGUAAAAACCAAACACACAAACAAAGAACAGCAAAGCGCCAAUGUGUGUGAGAGAAAUCAGGCAACCUGGCAAUAUCAGCAUCUUAGCCACAGAAGCAACAGAAACUUCAUCCUUGUUUCUCCCGGGCAGAGCACUAUGAGUGCCCCAGCUUUCUCCUCAGAGAACAGAGAAGGAACGAGAACUGGAGAGUCUAGUAGUCUUUACAACUUGAAGUAAAUAGAGGGAAUGAUAUUUAAUUUUCCACUGAUUCCCAAUCCCUAGGGAUCCUAGAAGAGAAAUAUCUGGAAACCUCUAAUUAUCUUCGGAAGACUUAGGAGUUUGAAGGCAAAACCAAACACCAGGACAGCAAAUUGUUUUGAAAGUAAACAGUCAAGUGAGCCAGGUUUACAAGGAACUGUGUACAUACCCCCUGCUCCCUGCCCCAUCUCUUUCUCUCUUGCUUUCUCCUAGCUUCAGACCUCUACAGAAAGUUCUUUCAGUUCUCAUACCACUUUGAUGCUAUGAUGGAUGAAUAAAUUACACGGGCAAAACUAAAGAAAAAAAUGGGAGGAGGGAGUUGUCAUGUAUACAAAAACAAGAAGGGCAGGAACGAUGCCAAGUGAAGACCUGAAUUCUGGUUGCCAGAGGCCACUUAGAAGCUGGGCAUAGCAGCAUGCCUCUAAUGUUAGUGCUCGGGAAGGGGAAAGUGUUGACAGGAAGACUCCUGGAGGAUGCUGGAUAACCAGUCUAGCCAGAACGGCAAGCUCCAAGUUCAGUGAGAGAUGCUAUCUCAGAAAUAUAGGUGAAAAUAGAUAAAGGAAAAUGCCUGCCUUGACUUCUGGCCUCCACAUCCAGCACACACAAGGACCACAAAUGCAGGUUCAAGUACCCACAUGAACACAUAUACACACAUAAUUUUUUCUUUAACUCUAAAACCCAACAACGUAAACAAACUCAGGGAGAGAAGGAAAGUGAGACAAAGACCAAAGCCUGUGUGGGAUGCUAGGACUAAGUGUAGCACAUAGUUGACAGUUGAGAUCAUCAGCAAGGAAGAUUUUUAUAGCUGAUGCCCUCCAUGUGGGGAAUGUGAGUAGUAAUAGGGAUGGUGAGAAUGGAUAUUUAAGAUGAUCUGUGGUUUUCAAAGUGUGUUUCCAUCUUGUCGUUUUUCAAAGGACAUCUUUAAAUGAUUUGAAUGUCUUGUAAUUACUUCUGGUUAUUGUAUUGUGUUUCUUUUUACCACAAGUCUAAACUGAGCUUGGAUCACAUACACAUGGUGAUGACUGAGGUUGCUCUGUAUUUUUGCUAGACAUCUGGUUGCUGAAUUUAGGGAACUCUUGUGACCAUUGAACAUAUCUCUUGGUAGGGAGCACCCAGGCUGCAUUUGCAGGCAGGGAUAGGAAUAGAAACACAAUGAUGCUCUUCUUCAUUUUGAUAGAAUGGCAUCUAUAGGUUGAUAGGUUUGCCAUCCUAGGACAAAGUCACUUUCCUGAAUCAUCAGUCUCUUAGAAGAGACAGAAAAAAACUUUUGUUGAGUGUGGGAAAGUGAGCAUGAAAGAAGAGUCUAGGCAGGAGGCCCGACUCAGUGCCCCCGAGGCAAACUACAUGCUUCCCAGAUGCUCAAAAUGGAGGCCUUGACGUUUCAUUGAAUUUUAACAUCAAGGCUCUGCUCCUCUUUGUUUUGUGUUGAAAGAAGAAUGACUGUGGUCAAAAGAACAAUAGGUUUUAGCUAGUGUGCUUUUGCCAGUACUAGACAUGGCAGUAGAGAUCUUUUGUACUUAUUCUCCUGUUUGUCAAGCCUUAAUACUAUUCCUCAUUUUCUCCUGGAUGUAAAAAUAA